UACAAUUUUGAGGUACUAGGUAGUUUUCUAUGUAAUGCUAUUUUGUAAUUCUACUUCACUACAAUCCAGAGGUAAAUAUCGUACUUUUACAACUACACUACAAUCCAGAGUUCAGGUGUUCAGGGUGAAGCGGAUGAGACAGGAUGACUGCGCUGCCGUUCCCCUGUCCUGUUCAUGUGGGGGUUGUUACCACUGGACGUGCACACGCUCGACUACACAAAUACACUUUGGAGAGAAACCUGACCAAGUUGGAGAAAUUGCUGAAUGAGGGUGUUGAUGUGGACUGUGUGAAUCAUCUGGGUCAGACAGCACUCUUCUGUGCUGCUCUGUCAGGCCAAGUGAAGGUGACGGAGCUGCUUUCUGCAUUACGGAGCUGACCCCAACCAUCGCUGUGAGGACUGGAGCACCCCAGUCCAUGCAGGCGUUGUUUCCGGUAACUCUUUAGUGGUGAGUGGCCUGCUGGAUGCAGGAGGAGAUACCAGACUCCAUGAUAGAGAAGGCAGGACACCCUUUGACUGGCUGAGGUCUGUGAAGUCGGAAGUCAGAGCUAAUAUGCAGGACUUCCUGGAGAGUUGCAUGUCCUCCAUGCAGCAGCUGAGUCAGAGCCCAGAACGGACCAGGCUCUCCUGGAGCCCAUCCAAAUCAUCCACAUCCAUCAUGUUACACCCUGUAUCUCUCCUGGAUCGCAUAAAAACAAUUGGAUGUGACAUGCAGUUAAACAAGAGGACAAACAGCAGGUCUUCCUGUGUGUCAGCCUACUGUUUAGGCUUUGGAAAGGUUUGUGUCAACAAGCAGUGCCAGGCAUUAGCUGUGCCAGCAUCUAUUCCUCUGAUCAGAGAUAGUGAUCUGACCCCGGCUGAUGAUGAACCUGUGCUGACCUUCACCUGUGGCUCUUUGGCCUCAAUGACCAACUGGAGGGGCUCGAGGGUGACAGUAAAAACACUGAGGGACAGUCGCACAGCAUAUCUGGACCUGCUGCUCAUAGAACAGGAAUACUGCAGCCAGCUGUUCCACCCUCAGCUGCUGCAGCUGAUGGCAGUGAGUCUGUCUGAUGACCUCAUGAGAACCAGUUUGGUGUUUGAACCAGUAGAAAUCGGCUCUCUGCACAACCUGCUGCACAACAGGCGUGCAGAGUUUCCCGUGCUGCAGGAGAGGUGGCUGCUGUCGGUGCUGCUGCAGGUGGUCGAGGGUCUGCAGUUCCUCCACAGGACAGGUCUGGUGAUGAGGAGCCUGUCUUCACACUCUGUGGUCCUCACAAAGCUCACUGUGGCCAAACUAACAUGUUUAGGCUUCAUGGUCCCAAGCAGUCAAAGGAAAUGUGUCAAACCCCCCAUGCACAUAGUCCUGCCCCCCAGUCUCUACAGAUGGGCGGCUCCAGAGGUCAUCAAGCAGCGACCGUGCACAGUGCAGGCGGACAUCUAUAGUCUGUGUGCUCUAAUCCAGGAACUCUACACAAACAGUGAACCAUGGGGCACAGCAGACCUGGACACUAUCAAGAAGGAGAUAGAUGCAGGACGGGUUCUGGCUGCAGAUAGCAUGCUUCCACAGCCGUACUAUGAUGUGGUGCAGACAGGCCUGCAGCCCCCCCCACAGGACCGCACCUGCAGCCUGCAUAGUCUGAGCUGCACUCUGCAACAGGACAUCCAGACGUUUUCCCUGGAGGAAGAGUUAAGUGCGGACGCAGAAGAAGAUCUGGAGCCUGAGGUCAAGACCCCGAACUGGCAUACCAUCGUUGGGGAACCAGAAGAGAGCGGUACUGAGCACAACACAAACUUAAAGGCUUCCCAUGUUAUGGAGAAAGAUUUGCCUCACUGUGAUUAG